CAUUGACAUCAUGACAUGAUAUUUCGAAAGGCCUUGAUUUGCACUUCAUACACAGUCAAAUUAGUCCGAGACAUUUCACGCUUCGCAUCGCAAGAAACUCUCGAGCACAAACUACGUCAUUGCACCGCCACAUCAUGACAACAAGCUGUUUGCCAGUCCUCGUCGAAAUAUUCAGAGCAAAAUCACCGGUGACUUAUUUCCACCUUCAGAUCUAAUAUCGAUUCCUUAAAACAUUCAAGAUGGCAUCAACACUCAUCAGCCUCCUCCACACUCUCCAAGCAUCCUUCGCGGGGUACAACCUCUACCUAGCUUCAAUCUCCAUCCGCAACCUACAAAAAUACGAAAGCACAGCCCAAAAGGCAGCAAAAUGGUCGAACAUCGCCGAAGAUCAAUUAUGGAAGACGAGAUAUACCCAAGCUAGUGGCACUGUUGCUGUGCUUUUUUCAUUCUUGAGCUCAGCAUACCUUAUCUUGAGCUCGAAAGGAACUUUGAAAAGCCUGGCUGUUGCAAGUGUCAAUGUCGCAGCUUUAGCAGCGGCUUGGCAGCACGUGGGCAAUUUCUGGAAGCGGAAGGCGAAAAUUCCGUUGCCGAAGACAGGAGAGUACAAUGAGGCGAUUGGGAAGACGCAGGAGGUUCAUCUCAAUAUGACUUACCUUAUGGGGAGUUGGAUUGCGCUGGGGGUACUUGGAUUGGUCAUGUGAUUCACUUAUGGUAAGAGAACAGGAUAUUUCGGACUCCAUAGGGUCAGGGGG